AUUCUCGCCUUGCUUACCUCCUUGCCAGAGAUACACCAUGGAAGCACUUCAGAGAUACACCACCAUCUUCCCUUCUCACGCUCAAUUCGAACCCGACAAGGAAGCCAUCAAACGCACCCUCAUCCGAAAGGGUGUCAACCCCACACCCAAAAUCGUCCACAACCUCCGCAAGAAACAGAUUCAGAAACACAACCGGAAGCUCAACCGCCAAGCCCAGAAAUCCAAUGAGCCCCCUCCACUCACGGAGUCACAGAAGCAAGCCAUGUUGGAGGAACAGCAAUUCCAAGUUCUUAAGCAUGAGUACAAGGAGUUCAACAAAGUGGUUGAAGCUCUAAAACCCAAGGAAAGUGAAAAUGAUCACAGGUUCUUGAUGGUGGGGAAGCCUUGGGAGGGGACUCAAAAGGUUGAGUUUUGGGAGCGAGUGAGGGCAAACGAGGAAUGUGAAGGAGGGAAGCUGAAGAGGGAGAGGUUGAAGGAGCUGAAGGACAUGUUUGAGGCAAGAAAGGUGGAUGAACUGAAGUGGGUUUUCGAUGAUGAUAUCGAAAUGAACGAGCUUUGGUUCAAUGCGGAUAAUGAAGGCUGGCAUAAGGGAAAGAAGACAAGGAGUCGUAGUGAGGCUGAUGUCAUAAGGUUUCUUGUUGAUAGGUUAUGUGAUAGGGAGAUUACUGUGAAGGAUUGGAAGUUUUCAAGAUUAAUGAAGCUUUCAGGAUUACCAUUUACCGAGGGUCAGUUGAUGAGGAUUGUUGAGUUGCUUGGUGCCAAAGGUUGUUGGAAGCAAGCACUUUCUGCUGUCCAAUGGGUGUAUAAUUAUAAAGAUCACAGGAAAUAUCAAAGCAGGUUUGUGUACACAAAACUUCUUUCUGUUCUUGGGAAGGCAAGAAGACCAAAGGAAGCUCUUCAGAUUUUUAAUUUGAUGCGUAGAAAUAUCCAUGCAUAUCCUGAUAUGGCUGCAUAUCACAGUGUUGCUGUUACACUUGGUCAAGCUGGUCUUCUUAAAGAAUUGCUGACUAUUGUUGAAUGCAUGAGGCAGAAACCCAAAAUAUUUAAAUUCAUGCGUCACAAGGACUGGGAUCCAACUCUUGAACCUGAUUUGGUUAUUUAUAAUGCUGUACUUAAUGCUUGUGUUCCAACGAAACAGUGGAAAGCUGUGUCCUGGGUUUUCAAGCAACUGAAGAGAAGUGGUCUGAAACCUAAUGGAGCAACUUAUGGACUUGCAAUGGAGGUAAUGCUGGAAUCAGGCAAUUAUGACCUUGUCCAUGAGCUGUUCGGAAAGAUGACGAGAAGUGGGGAAGUUCCAAAAGCUUUAACUUAUAAAGUAUUGGUAAGAUGUUUGUGGAAGGAAGGUAAAGUUGACGAAGCUAUUGAAACUGUCAGGGAAAUGGAAAGUAGAGGAGUUAUGGGAGCUGCCAGCGUGUAUUAUGAACUCGCGUGUUGCCUCUGCAAUUAUGGAAGGUGGCAAGAUGCUAUUGUAGAGGUCGAGAAGAUUAGAAGACUUUCUCAUGCUCGGCCGUUGGAAGUUACCUUCACCGGCAUGAUAAUGUCUUCAAUGGAUGGUGGGCAUCUUAACGAUUGCAUACAUAUUUUUGAACACAUGAAAGGCAUUUGUACUCCUAACAUAGGGGCUGUGAAUACGAUGCUCAAAGUUUAUGGCCAGAAUGAUAUGUAUUUGAAAGCUAAAGAGUUAUUUGAGGAAGUUAGGGCCCUUAGAUUAGAUACCUUUGCCCCUCAAGAAGUUGUUGGUGAUGGUAGCUCGAUUAUCCCGGACGUGUACACAUAUAGUGCUAUGUUGGAAGCAUCUGCCAGUGCUCAUCAGUGGGAAUACUUCGAGCAUGUCUACAAAGAGAUGAUUCUUUUUUGUUGUAAAUUGGAUCAAAAUAAAUCUGCGACAGUACUUGUAAAAGCAUCAAGAGCUGGCAAGUGUCAUUUACUCGAGCAUGAAUUCGACAUGAUUCUGGAAGCUGGUGAAAUUCCUCACCGUAUGUUCUUUUUUGAAUUGGUGAUUCAAGCUAUAUCUCAACACAAUUAUGAGCGAGCUGUUAUCUUAGUUAACACCAUGGCAUAUGCACCAUUCCGAGUGACUGAAAAGCAGUGGACAGACAUGUUUAAGGAAAAUAAAGACCGGAUUAACCAUGAAAAUCUACAGCGGCUAUUGGAUUCUCUUGGUAACUGUGAUGUCGUGUCAGAAGCAACAGUCUCAAAUUUAUCAAGAUCGUUGCAUGUUCUCUGCGGAUUAGGUGCGUCAAAAACAAUCUCUAGAGUCAUCCCUUCUGGGAUUGGAAGUACGGGAAAUUUUCAGAAUGACGAAAUUGAUUCAGAUGAAAGAAGAGAAGAUGAGCCAAAUAUUUCAGGGAGAAUGAGGAUGGAAAGUGCUGAGCUCGUAAAUGACUCCAGUGAAUCAGAGGCAUUUAUCUUCAAUUAUGAUCAAGAUGAUAUAGGAGAAAAUGACUUUUUCAGGCCUCAAAAAUUUAAGAUGGAAGAUAGAAUAAAUUAUGGUGCUAAUAGGCUGGAAUUUGCCGAUAAUCUCGCACCCGAAAAGUCUUCCGAUAAUUCAAAUGAGGUGCUCGGGGAAGAUGGAAACUAUAAAGAUGAUGAUGAUGAUGGUGAGGGAGUACCUGGCAAGCCCUCAGCAUAUGAAAUAUUGGAAGCAUGGAAGAAAAUGAGGAAGGAAGAUAAGUACAUUUUACACACUGAACUUGGUUGUAGCUAGUGAGGAAAAGUUGGUAAUCUUUUAUAGCAGAAGGGGCAGGGAGAUUUUGAAUUUGACCAGCUUUAUUUAAGCACCACUGUUGUAAUUGGAAGGGAUGUAUAUUAAAGUAUAGUUUAAGGAAUAAACAUUAUUCAUCUUCUUUAAACAUCAUAGGCUAUUCUCUAUAUCACGAACUUGUUCACAGAUGUUGUCAAGUUUACUUCAUUUUGUUUGUAGUUCAUACUUAAUUGCUGAAACUCAAUUUUUAUUUCAUAACUAUUGAUACCAAAUAAGUGUUCAGGGCCA